UAUCAUAAAUUUAUAUUGAUUUUGCUACCAUGGUCAAAACCCAGUUCUCUAAAAUUAUCAAAGUUUUGAGAACUGACAAUGCUACUGAAUAUCUUGGUACUAAACUUCAAUCUUUUUUGAAAGAACAGGGUACACUGCCACAACAACCUUGUCCUUAUACUUCUUAACAAAAUGGGCGAGCCGAACGCAAGCACAGACACAUCCUUGAUUCUGUUCGUGCUCUGCUCAUUUCAUCCUCUUGUCCAGAGCGAUUUUGGGGUGAGGCUGCUCUUACAGCUGCUUAUCUUAUUAAUCGCAUUCCAUCAUCAGUCCUUAAUAACCAAUCUCCAUAUGAGCGUCUACAUGGUAUUCUUCCUGCUUAUAAUCUUUUUAAGGUUUUUGGUUGUGCAUGUUUUGUUCUUCUUCCACCUCAUGAACAUAACAAGUUAUAACCUAGAGCUUGAUUAUGUUGUUUUUUGGGUUAUGGGAUUACACAAAAAGGAUAUCGUUGUUGGGAUCCUGUGUCACAAAAACUCCGAAUUUCACGUCAUGUUGUCUUUUGGGAACACACUAUGUUCUCAUCAUUGUCAAACUUCAAAGUGUCAUCCUCUCAUCAACCUCCAUUUUUUACUUAUCCUUCUAUUGAGCUAUUUCCUAGUAAUUCUAAUGCAGGUACAUCUGAUGAGCUCUACAAUGCCUCACCACAUGCUCCAACCAGUUCUGUAGAAGAUGAUCUGCCUGUUGGUAAUGCAUUAGAUAAUUUUGAGCCUUUUUUUACUUCCUCGUCUACAAAUGAGUUUGUUGUCCCAUCCUCGAGUCAUUCUACUCGGGUAAGAAAGCCUCCAAACUACCUUCGUGAUUAUCAUUGUUUUCCUGCUAUUACUUCGUUACAUGAGCCUCAAUCCUAUCAAGAGGCCUCUUCUAACCCUCUUUGGCAACAAGCUAUGCAAGAUGAAUUACAGGCUCUUGAGAACACUCGUACAUGGGAUUUAGUUGAUCUCCCUAUUGAAAAAUCUCUAAUAGGUUGUAAAUGGGUGUACAAGAUCAAAACGCGAUCUGAUGGUUCUGUGGAGCGUCAUAAGGCACGCUUGGUUGCCAAGGGUUUUACACAGGAGUAUGGAAUCGACUAUAAAGAGACAUUUGCUCCAGUUGCUCGUCUUACAUCUGUGCGUAGUUUGCUUGCUAUCGCUGCUAUACGGAGAUGGAAAUUGUUUCAGAUGGAUGUGAAAAAUGCUUUUCUUAAUGGUAUGUCGAUUGCGCCGAGCAUUAUACGAGUUGAAGCAAUCCCCUCGAGCUUGGUAUGCAAAGUUUAGUGCUACUGUGAGUGAGUUUGGUUUUACUUCCAGUCCACAUGAUACAGCUUUGUUCAUUCGUAAGACUGCUCGGGGUAUGGUUCUUUUACUUCUUUAUGUUGAUGACAUGAUUAUUACUGGAGAUGAUGUCGCAGGUGUUGACGAGUUAAAACAAUCUCUCAGUCAGAAAUUUGAGAUGAAA